ACAACACAGCGGCACAGCGGCAUGUCUGUGUCUAACACUGGAGCUGCUUCUACUCUCACUGUGAGUGUCCAGAUCAAAACCGGCUCUAUGUGAAGAAGCUGCAGAGGUCCACAACCUUGGUCCACAGCCCUGAUCUACAACCCUGGUCUAUAGCACGAGUCUACGGCCCUGGUCUACAGCUCUGGUCCCACAGCCUUGAUCUACAGCCCUGGUCUACAACCCUGGUCCACAGUCCUGGUCUACAUCUUUGGUCCCACAACCCUGGUCUACAGCCCUGGUUCACAGCCCUGGUCCACAGCCUUGGUCCACAGCCCUGGUCCACAGCCCUGGUCCCAGCGCCUUGGUCUCAGAUCCUGGACAACACAUGGGGACAGAAAAAGGUUUGACUGGAGCAGGUUUCGUCUGGACUCAACACUCAUGAACUCCAGCCUCCUGUGGCAUACCCUCUCACUAAGAUGGGAAAUGCCUCUGAAACAUUUAUCCUCGUGUCCCGAAUAUCAAAAGAAAAUGACUUCCUCAUGGGGACCAUUUAUACCGUGUUUGGCGUGCUGUCUGUGCUGGGGAACGGCACGCUGCUGUUUGUGGCUUAUAGAAAGAAGUCCACCCUGAAGCCGGCCGAGUUCUUCGUGGUGAAUCUGGCCAUCAGUGACCUGGGCAUGACCACUGCCCUGUUCCCUCUGGCCAUCCCCUCAGCCUUCGCCCACAUGUGGUUGUUCAACAAAAUCACCUGCACUAUUUAUGCCUUCUGUGGCGUCCUCUUUGGUCUCUGCAGCCUGACCAACCUCACCGUGCUCUCAAGUGUGUGCUGGCUCAAGGUUUGCUACCCCAACCAUGGUAGUAAGUUUUCAUCCUCUCACGCCUCCCUGAUGGUCGCCGGAGUGUGGUGCUACGCUGGAGUCUUUGCAGUGGGGCCUCUGUCAGGAUGGGGGCAGUAUGGAGCAGAGCCUUACGGGACAGCCUGCUGCAUAGACUGGCACGCUCCCAGUGAGAAUUCAUCAGCCAUGAGUUACAUCAUGUGCCUCUUCUUCUUCUGCUACAUUGUGCCAUGUACCGUCAUCUUCCUCUCGUACACUUUCAUCCUGAUGACUGUGCGAGGGUCCCGACAGGCAGUGCAGCAGCACAUGUCCCCCCAGAACAAGAUCACCAAUGCACAUGCGCUUAUCAUCAAGCUCUCUGUGGCAGUCUGCAUUGGCUUCCUCACAGCCUGGAGUCCUUAUGCUAUAGUGUCAAUGUGGGCUGCAUUUGGGAACCCAGUGACUGUGCCACCCAUGGCUUUUGCUCUGGCAGCUAUUUUUGCCAAGUCGUCCACCCUUUACAACCCCAUUGUAUAUCUCCUCUUUAAACCCAACUUCCGCAAGUCAUUGUGCCGGGACAUGGCCCAGUGCAAGAGCAUGUUCUGUGCAUGUUUUUGUGGUCAGAGCUCCCCACAGAAGGGAGUGUGCAGGGAUGCUCAUUUUAAAGAUGAGUGUAACUCUACCCGCCUGUCCAACGGGCUGCCAGAGAACCACGGGAGCUGCCGGCACUGCCCUUGUCCAGCGUCACCCCUGGGGCAUGGGGGGCACUGUGAGGGACACAGUCCACAGCAGACUGCCAGGAUACUGAAAGGAUCCAUGCACAGCGAAGUGGCCGUCAGUCAACUCUCCAACGAGCUCCAAAGUGACUUUCUCUAGGCCAGGACAGCCAAGAGGAGAGGACAGUUAGAGAAAAGGGAAAAGAUGAGAUGAUAUUAUAAAUUACGCUCUGAUGAGGCAUACCAUGCUCUUCUUUGACAUGCACCUCUUUAUCCUACAAACUGUGUUGUAUGUAUCCAUCCUUACUGUCAGAUUUCCAUUAACUUCCCAUUGUGGCACAUGUUUUUGAAAAUAUACUGACGACAGCAGACAGGAAGUUUCUCUGCCAUUACAAUCAUAUCUUGAUGCUUCUGACACAUCAAUAAUAAUAAUAAUGAGGAAAUAAGCUGUGUUGUUGACAUCACCUACUGAUAUGUUAUACCUGGUUGGUGUUUACCUGCACAUAAGCAUGCUGAUGGAAGGUAUGGAAAUAUACAAAGAGGUUAGGACUAUUUCAUCCUUACUGGGAGAAUACAACUGAUCACAACCCAAUACUAUUUAAAAUAUCAAAGGAAAAAAACAUUUGAACUAUGCCGAUCCAUUUUCUCUGAGUUUACAGACUUGCAAAAACAGUUCCAGGGACUGUGGUGUCUUUGCUGGUGGAGAUAAUGCCUCUUUGAACAAUUCUCCCUUUACUCUCUCAGAUUUACAUCAAUAUGAAGUCAAUUCUAUGCCUCAAAUACAAGUUACUGCCAAAAAACAUACAACAACAAUGUACAAUUCAAAAUGAGCCAAACAGAAUCACUUUAUAACAUGCAUGAAAGGAGGACAUGAUAUAGACUACCUUUUAUAUAAAUAUUUAUUAAAUACUGUGUAUAAAGAUGUAAUGUUUGUGCAUGCUUCUUACAAAGACAGGGUUGUUUCUCUUAGUAAAAGUUUAAACAUUAAUUUAACUAAAGUCACACCAUCUACCUCUAAAUCUAAGCAGGGUCUGUAAAGGAUCCCAAAUGCUAUCAAUGUUGGUUUUGUCUCAGUACCUAUGGCACUUUUCAAAAGAUGAUAUUUUGGAGAUCAACAUAUGUUACCAAAUCUAAAGUACUUAGUAAUGUCUAUUGGUGUUGUGUUUGUAUAUGUUUGUCUGGUCAUUGUAAAAGCCAUUAACAAAACGCCUCAAGCUUCAAACAAGAAGACUCAUUUAAAUUCAUAUUUAUAUAGUAAACGAAAAUCCUAGUAAUGUUAACGUUAUAUGUGUGUUUGUAUGUACAGCAUGUGAAUGGAGAGCAGGACCUUUCAAAAAUGCUGGAGAAGAAAGUUUACUCUACAGUGUUGCUAUCUUUGUAUCAAUAAGACUUAUCAGGUGCAAUUCAAAAGAUCGUUUUCAAGAUUUACCUAAGUGCAAAAGGGCGACUGCUACUGCCCAUGUUUUAACUCUUAGUAAAUGGUCCAUCUUCUCACAGAUGUAUGGGCUCGUAAUGCCAUAUCCAAGGACUUGUGUUGAAUAAUAGGGUUCAUCUCUGCUACUUCUUAUUCAUCUUAUUCAUUGUUUUGCAGACAAGCUAUGGGAAUUAUUUUGUGGCUCUUUCAACACCCACGUGGGAUACAUAAGGGGGCGUUGUUGGAGAGCGAAUUCACAAACCCAAGUAAAUUGCAUAUACGCUGCAGUUCUGUCUAACGAGCCACCGACUGAAAUUUGACUUUUUAUUUGAACACUGAAUCCCCAGAAUGGAUAAAUACGAUGCCCAUAUUAUUUCAGAACACUCUACCCACACGCUGAAAGGGUGAUUUUUUAGUUUGAAAGCACCAUUGCACUUGGUAAAUUUUUAGAAAACCAAUUUUUUUUUUCAGUAUUUGUUUUGGAAGUCCAAGCAGAAACAUUGUGCAGGUUUGUUUUUUUCUAAGGUGUCUCUGCGUGUGUGUGCUUUCCUGAACUUCUAACCUACAUUUCGAUUUCUUCCGUGCCAUCUGAUAGCGUCAAAAAUAUCUAUGUAUAUAAAUAUGUCUAAGCCAAUGUGUGCUAAAUGUUCUCUAUGCAUGGAUUAAAAGCCUCAUGAAGGAGUUGGAAGCGGUUAGUCAUUCAAACAUUAUUCUAACAGAAAGUGCCCCGUGAGCAUAGCUGGGCUUAGGGUUGGUUUGUCCAACAAGCACUUCUGCUAACAACCCAGGGAGGUCAUCAAAGCAAAAAUGCUUCAGUGUGUUUUUAAAGGUCCUGUAUUACAUAAAAUUGACUCGUGUGAACUUUAAGCCAUGUUAUAAUACUGUUACCUCAUCAAAACAUACCUGGGGUUGUAGUUUUCACGUUGGCUAUUUCACGUUGGCUAUUCCGGUUUAGAAAUCAUCCAAAUGAUUCUAAUGAAAGUGUAUGGUGUUUAAAAUAGAGUGGAGCACGCCUUGUAUUACCACAUGACAUCACAAGGUGGAACAGAGCCUAAAUAUGCAGGGUUUGUGUGUUAAACAUGUGAAUGAAACGAAACGCAACUCCAGGUUUGUUUGUGAUGAGGAAAACAGUGUAAUAUGGGCCCUUUAAGCUCAUGUUUUGGGUGACUAUCAUAGCGUUGAACUACAUCCUUACAUCGUCAGUUCGUCUUUGCAUCUCUUUAUGUGUUUUCUAUGGAAUACCUGAGCCUCCCGUUAUGUGCUUUCACUUCCAGUUUAGUUUAAAUCAUUUGCUGGAAGUCAUGCAGAACAACCGUGUCAGCACAUAUGAAGCAUUCUGCUGCUCCCUGCAAUCCUUUGUAAUUCAGAGGGUGUCCUGUUUACUGCCACGGUUGGAUGAUAAAUAGCGUUUCUCCAUGAAGUUAAAUUGGGCUUUUACAUGAUAUUGACAACGUGGAAAAGACCCCUAUACCAUACAAUGAAGAUGGAAUGCAGGUGUUUGCUGCUAAAGAACUCACUCUACUGUAAACACCAGUACUUGAGGAACCUGUUCAGGGUUUGGCCUGGUUAAUACUUGGAUGGGAGGCCGCUGGAAAUAGCAUGUGACAGUGGGGCAGCUGUGGCACUGUUGGUGUGUCCUUGGGCCACUUGACUUCGCUCACAUUGCGUGGUCGUAUUGCGGUGUAUGCUUGAGCGUUGGUGAUGGUUGGAGGGGUCGAUUGAGCGGAUUGCCAGCCUCGUUUGAGUUGCUUUCGUCAUUAAUUAAACCAAUUAGGGAGAAUGUUGCACUGUAAAAUAAAUCUGGAGCCAUCAGAAAAUUAUAAAUAAAAUUGUUAUCAUAUUUUAGCCAUUGCACGCAUGUAUGACUGAAACCAAAACUCAUUUAAAAUAUGCAGAUUCCCAUUCAAAGACAACCGUUAAACUGUGUCUCCAUAUUCUUCUGCCUGAUCUUCAGUACACUUCUAACCAGGCGUCAAGCUGUGAAAAUCUGAUGUCUCUAUUUUGUCUCAAGGAAAAAUGCAAAUGAAACAGUCACAUUUGUGCAUUGCUAGCCAUUCCCGUUCAUUAAGAUUCAUCAAAUGUGCAUAGUUUGUAUAAUGUAGAUACACAUGUGAACAGUCAGGGAUUUCUAUGUCAAUGUUGUUUUGCAUGAGUGUCUAUGAGGUCUACAUAAAGACUCAUAUUUGAUGUGUGUAUUAUUUAUGUUACGGGCCCAAUGCUGCUGUGUUUGGUUUGAUGUGUAUUGGCAGCUGAGAUGGUUGAGUCUGCAGGUGGCUUUGGUUUCCUGUACUUUACUUUCAUAAGCUGUGUGGUAGACUGCUGCAUGCUGGGUGCUCACUUUGAAAAGGUGGGGUGUAAUUAUUCAUAGUGUUUACUAGUUCACUUAAAGUUACCAUUUGCAAAUAUAUAUAAUAUUUUAAAAUAUAAAACAUCCAUUCAUAUUACCCAAUACUGUCUUCAAUAAUCUAAAGUACAAAAUAUAAAAUGAAUCUAAAAUAACUUUCAGAAUUUACAAUAUAGAAAAUAUAAUGAAACUUACGGAUUUAAUUAUGUUGUUUUUAGGUGCCACAUCAGAAUAUUUGUGUCAUACAUAUUGAUACCAGCCAUUUUGAAAAGUAGAACUGUUAAAAUUGAAAAACAGCAUGUUACGUCUACCUCCAACUAUCCCAGAAUGUACAUGGAAUUUUUUAUUUAAUUGUUUGAAAAUGCCCAUUGUUGAUUAUAAUAAAAGUAAUUUAUAUGAUACUUGUCUCCGUGGAGAUGACAUUGCUUUGCCUGGCGUAUUAAACAUGUCUAUCUUCAUUCUGUAAUUAAUUAAUUAAAAAGUGAAAACUGGAGAAACUGCAUUUUCACUUUGAGCAGGGUUGGCCCUCCAUAGAUCUGAUCUGUGUCUUAGCUUGGAGGCAUCACCUGCAAUCUCUGUGAUGAUAAAUAGGUUAAAUGCCAUACUAUGGAACAUUCUAGUCAAAGCAGUAGCAUCUCCAUCUCCUCAGAGUCAGUUUUUCUUAUGCAGUAUGUGUUCUAUAGUGGCUUGACAAUGCCCGUCCAAUCAUUUUGCCUUAAUUUGUCUGUUGCUGCUCUGUUCUUUUUCUUUCUGCAAACUGAGGAAGCUACUUUAUCAAAACCAAACAUGUAAAUUAUGGUAGGUGAGCAAAUGUCUCCUCUGCUCCUCCUCCUUUGUCCAAUACAAAGACUGAAUGUCCACAUCUUGUACAUACUGAUUUGUAUAAUAUGAAAAUACGUCUAAAAGUAUAUCAUCAUUAUUACAAUUAAAGUUAUGGUUAUUUUUAAUGUCAUGUUUGUUCCUAAUGCACUGUGACAAUUGUUUACAUGAUUUUAUUUUGAGCUUUCAAACAUGUUAAAGAUUGUAUUAAAACUAUAUUCAAAGACAUAUUCUUUGUUCGGAGCUAAGACGAUUUAGAUUUCAAUAAAAAAUGAUAUUCCUGCC